CUCCUAGCUAGAAUCAGCUGAAAUGAUUCUGUGACAAAGGAAUCGCAGGGAGAAGGUAAUUCUGGAGUUCCUCUGUGCAGUACAGUGUAAAAACAGUUCCUAAGGGUCUUCAGCAGUGAGCUGGGCAAGGAUGCAGCACAGCAGGUGUGUGUUUGUGGGAGGGCCGGCUGAGAAGUGCUUGCUGAUGCAGGGGUUUGGUACAAGAAAAAUUUUCAGGCCGUGAAGCUGCUGGGUGAGCUCCUUUGCUUUCAGAGAGCGGCAGCUCUCUAGAAUGAAGAGCAAACUAUUUGAAACCACCCAUAAAAUGCUGUCAGUGUCUCAUUAUGCAAUUCCAGCAUAAGUACAGCAGGAUCAGAACCACCCUUAGUGCCAGGGUUGGGGUUCAGGCCAGGGUUGGGGCUUGGUGGCAUUUCCUGUUGGAAGGUAUUAGGAAGGUACCUCUCUCUCACAAGUGUGUAGCUGUUAUUUGACUCUUCCAGACAAACCAGUUAAAAUCCAGCGCUGAUCUCCAUGUCCCCCAUGAUUGCCAAGUUUCAGGAAAUUCAGUACGUUAUUCCUUGGGCAUCGUGAACCUGGGGACCAGUGAGAACAAGCUGUGCUUUGAUUUGAUAGAGGAGAGACUCGCACGGCCUGACAUGGACUGCCUGCAGCCCGAUCUCUUCCAGUACCCUGACACGCAGGGUGCGAGGAGCUUCAGAGAAGAAAUUGCCAAAUUUCUGACUCACUAUGCCAGAGCCACAAAAGAACUUAGACCAGAACAUAUCACUGUCAUGAAUGGCUGCUGUGCAGUUUUUUCCACUCUGUCAACUGUGCUGUGUGACCCUGGUGAUGGAUAUCUUAUUCCAGCUCCUCACUAUGGUGGCAUAAAUUCAAAAAUGUGGCUAUAUGGUGGACUGCAGCCCGUGCAUGUGCCCUUGUCCAGUGAGGUGACUAACGAAGAAACUCACCCUUUCCAGUUAACAGCUGAAAAAUUAGAAGCUGCACUACAGAGAGCGAAAAAGCAGGGCAUCAGAGUGAGAGCAUUAGUCCUCAUCAACCCUAACAACCCCUUAGGGGACAUUUACCCAGCGCAGUUACUGAAGGAAUGCCUUGACUUUGCACACAGACAUGAACUGCAUGUAAUAAUGGAUGAAAUCUACAUGCUGUCUGUUUAUGAUGAUACCACCUUCACAAGUGUUCUUAGCUUAGAUAGUUUACCAGAUCUUGAACGAACACAUUUCAUGUGGGGUUUUAGCAAGGAUUUUGGUAUGAGCGGAAUCAGAGUUGGGGUACUGUACACCAGAAAUCAUGAAAUACAGAAAGCUGUGAAUCAACUAGCUGUCUUCCACAGCUGUCCUGGGCCCGUUCAGCAUGUUCUCACUCAAUUCCUUAAGGACAGAGAUUGGUUGGAUAAUGUGUUUUUUCCCACCAACAAGAAGAGACUUAAGGAAGCACAGAAUCUUCUUGUGGAUGGACUUGCAGACAUUGGAAUACCUGUGCUGAAAAGUUCAGGAGGACUCUAUGUGUGGGCAGACUUCAGAAAAUUCUUAAAAUCACAGACAUUUGAAGCUGAACUCGAACUAUGGCAGAAGCUCCUUGAUAAGAAACUCCUGAUUAGUCCUGGAAAAGCUUUUUAUUGUUAUGAACCUGGAUGGUUUCGACUAGUUUUCUCUGAUUCUGUGACUAAGAUUUAUUUAUGUAUUGAGAGACUUCAGCAAAUGCUGCAUGCUGAUGAUGCCAAACUAGUUGUAAACAACACAUCUUCUACUGCAGACUCUUCAUGCAGCCCAGAAAAAGAUUCUUCUGGCAUACCAUCAAAUACACCACGAGAUGAUGCCUCCCAGCUAAAAAAUAUAUUUGUUUUUUAAAUUUA